UACUGCGCAUGCCCAACUGCAUCCCGGAAGUUUUGAAUGAUUUUUUUUUUUACUCUUUGGUUUCAGUCCCGUAGAAAAGUAAUUGCAGCAGGUGAACGGAGCAUCGGGUUUCUACCUGGACCUGUAUCUGUUUCUGGACCUGGACCACCUUUACUACCGUGCAGGGACCAUUCUCUUCAGCGAACCGAGCCGAACCUGCCUCGGAUUCCGCUCGCUGAGCACAUGAUCGGCUUCGAGCUUGUCCCGGUUCAAGGCGGGGACCCCAUUCACCUGCCGCCGGGGGAGACGGUGCUGGGCCGUGGUCCGUUUCUAGGAGUCAGUGAUAAGAGGGUGUCCAGACACCACGCCCUGCUGGAGAACCUGAAAGGACAGCUGCGCCUCAAACCGACCCACCUGAACCCGUGUUUCCUUCAGUCAUCGCCAACCUAUGAGCCGCGACCUCUUCAGAGAGACUCCUGGUGCCCUCUUCGUCACGGGGACCUGUUCUCCCUGCUGCCGGGUCAGUUCAUCUUCCGGGUGGUGGCCGUGGGUGGAGACGACUAUGGGACCAGGAACAGUCGGAUGUUUGUAGAAGAGACUGAUGAACGUCCAGUUUCUUCUAAACCUUACGAGGGACCAGCAGCUCUGUUAAAUGAGGAGGAGGUCAACAGCCCCAUCACAAGCUUAACAAUGGGAGGUUCUACUCUUCCGAUGGAAGUGGGGGAUGAUCACAGUGAUGGGGGGGUACCUGUGUCUAGGAAGAGAGUUCUGCCUGCCUGGAUGAUGUCAUCUGUUCCAAAGAGGCCUUCCCCCAGCCUGAUGGGUAUUUACAGAGCUGAACUGAUGCUCCAAACAUGGCCGUCUAAAACCUUCAGCAUCACACGAGCAGCAGCCAAACCGGCUACAGAGCUGGACGAGGCGGAGGCGGUGGAGGCAGAGGCAGAGGCAGAGGCAGAGGCGAGGCCAAGCAAGAGGAUGAGGAAGAUCAGUGAUGAAGGAGCACACGGUCCUUUAGAAGGACCAGUCCGGAAGCAGAAUGGCCCCAGUGAUGAGGCCCACAGAGUCACCAUGGAGGUGGAAGAGGAGGCAGAAAGAAACACUUCACAAGAGGACAGGAAGUUAAAGUCACAGACGACUAAACAGAAACCAGCAGAGUCUGUUGGGUUCAACAGCGACUCUGCAUCUGCCUCCACUCAGUCUCAGACCCGAGUCAGAACACCAUGCCCCUACGGGAAGGACUGCUACAGGAAGAACCCAAUCCACUUUCAGGAGUGCUGUCACCCAGGCGACAUUGAUUAUGAGGAGGGGGAAGAGGAGGGGGAUCGACCCGAGUGUCCCUACGGCACCGCCUGCUACAGGAAGAACCCUCUCCACAGGAAGGAGUAUAAGCACACAAAGAGAGCAGCUCGUACUACACGUAACGUCAUUAAGCGGGUCGAUGAGGACGAUGACGAUGAAGACGACAGCGAGGAUGUGGGCAACGACUCGGACUACAUCCCUCCGGACUCAGACAACAGUGACGAGGAUGACGUCAGGAGACUGCAAGAGGCGGCCACGGAGUUUCUGAAGAGGAGGAAGUAGACAGGUUCUGCUGCUUCAGUUUGAAAAGACACAACUUCACUGACACUAAAUUAACUGAAACAGCUGCGAGAGAUUCAGUAUGUUCACGGCUGGUAUUGAGUCGUCCGAGUCAGGUUUUACAAUUAUAGUAACUCAGAUUGCUCAUUACUACCGACCAUGUUUCAUUCCUCUCUCACCCAAAGGAACAUAUUUGGUCUAGAAGGAACAUUUCUUUUAUACCAGUAAGACACAAGUUGUCUGAUUUUUAAUAAAUAAAAUCUUAAUUAUUAAAAGUAUAGAGAGAAUACAUUCAUUCUGUUUUUUCUCCCUGGCCUUAAUCCAGGUCAUUGUGAUCAGAUUCUGCAACCAGAGCCACAGCUCAGACAGUUGUUUCUGGAAUGAGUGAAUGGGACCAGCUGGUAUAAAGUUACUGGGUCGGAUAGCGAGCCACACUGAAGAGAACUUCUUUUUUCUAAAUGCUGUAAAAUGAGUUCACCCCUUUAGUGACUGAAAUUAAACUGGUUGUAAUUCAA